GUAUCCAGGCGCGCGCAACUUGUGUCAGGAAGAGAUUGUUUUGUAGCUUUGCUGUAGUUGUUUCGUAUCUCAUGUUUUGAAACAUUUGGGAGGAGAAGAAAAGGAUUCUGAGAAAAUGUCUGUUGGGCUCGAGACCACGAACAUAUUAGUCCUCGGGAAGGCGGACAAUUUGCAUCAACAGGUUCUCGCCUCCUUCCCGCUGUGUGACGCGACAGAGGAAGAUUUGACCCAGAAUCCUCACUUCAGUAAACUCCUGGCCACAUUGUCUCAACAUGUGGACAAAAGUGGACUCACUGUCUCACUUAAAACAGAGCUGGAUGUGGCCGAGGAGAAACUGCAGAACCAGAAACGCCAGUGGCUCCGCUCUGAGAGUCUCCACAGAGGAUUGCAUGAGAUGAUCCAGGAAUUUCAUGUCAGGAAACAGAACACUACCAUUCCUCCUGAUCAGAACAUGUUCUAUGAAACGAUGGAGAGGUCUCUCCGUGUGACUCAGUGUGUCAGACAGCUGGAUCCCAGCAGCACUACAAGGCAGGAGCAGCCAUCUGUACUAGGGCUAACGCCACAACAAGUCACUCAACUCCUGCCCUCAGAAAAGAACAUGCAGCGAAUGAAACAGGCUCUUCCCAGACAAUUAGAGAAACACCUGAAGGAAAAAUGUCUGAGGCUCCUCUCAUACUAUCAGCCUGAAUGGGAGAAUGACAGCGAGGCUUUAAAGACCAACAAGCUGUCUCAUCUGUCCACCCUGCUGGACAAAGAAAAGAAAAGAACCGAGCUCCUGAGGGAGAUAUGUAGAGAAAACACAGUUCUUUUGCAAAGACAAACCCAGCUCUACCUCUCUGAGCUACUUAAAUGCGUUCAGCUUCUCCAGACACUCAUCUUGGAUCAUAGACUGAAGAUCCAGACAGACCUGGACAGCAAAAAACUGGAUUACUUUGAAGGCAAAUGUGAAUUGGUCCUACAGAAAAUAAAAACCGAGAUGGUGGAAAUUCAGCUGGAAACCUACUCCCCCGACACAAUUUCUGCUCACCGGAAAAUAAGGGAGAAGCUGGAGGGUGAGCUGAAGGCUUGCAAAGCAGAGAAGCAGGCUGUGGAGUCAAAUCUGUCGUCCUUUGAGAUUUUGGGCAAAGCGUUUGAGGCUCUGGCUGAGGAGUAUUGCAAACUACGGCAGGAGAUAGACAUGAAAAACUGGGCUCUGAAAGAACUGACUAAAUACAACGAAAAAUGACUCCAUGCCUGAAGUGGAACCAAAAGCAAUAUUGUUUAAUUGAGCAGAUCUAUGAAAUGACAAGUCUACUUUUGCUACAUAAAAUGCUUUGUACCUUCGGUUCAAAGGAAGUGUAUCUCAUUGAAUUUUAAAGCUGAGUGCUUCUCGUAAAGCAUCUUACUUCAGAUCCUCUAAUAAAUAUUCAACAAGUAAGAAGAGAAUGUUCUGUAUCUCACUUAUUUCAAUCUGCAUAACUAUUCUGAUCCUAUAUCAUAGAUUGUAAAG